UUGAUUUUCCAGUGUUUCCAGCCAACAUGAGCUUCUAUGGGGAUUUCUUCAAGCACCACCACCGUCUCCUUCACCUUCUCCAAGCCUGCUUGCGGGUUCGUUCCCUCGACACAACAAAGCCUCUCCACGCACUCACUAUCACACUUGGCCCAAGUUCUUACCAACCUACUUUUGUUUACAACAAUAUUAUCACUCUUUAUGCUUCUCUCGAUGAAUUGGUGUUGGCACGUAAGGUGUUUGAAAACAUGCCACAAAGGAGCGUUGUAUCCUAUAACUCAAUGAUCAGUUCUUAUUGUAGGUAUGAUUAUUUAGAGGAAGCCUUGGGAAUUUUUCGUCAGAUGAAACACUUUGGGUUUAGGCCCAAUAACUUCACAUUUGCUGCUUUAUUGUCGUGUGCUUCUAUGGAUCUGCGACGGGGGGUUCAAUUGCAGACAUUUGCAAUAAAGAAUGGGCUGUUUCACGCUGAUGCUUUUGUGGGUACUGCUUUAUUGGGUUUGUUUGGAAGAUGUGGGUGGUUAGAUGAGGCAUUCUUUGUUUUUGAGGAUAUGCCUACUAAGAGCUUGGUGACAUGGAAUUCAAUGAUAUCUUUGUUUGGAAACCAAGGCUAUGUGGAUGGCGUGCUUUUGUUUUGUGAGCUUUUCAGGAAAGAGGGUUGUUUGUCUGAAUGCUCUUUUGUGGGUGUCUUGUCUGGAUUAGUAUGCCUGGAAGAUUUGGAAUUUGGACAGCAAAUACAUGGUUCAGUCAUUAAAAGAGGGUUUGACUACAGAGUUUCAGUUGUGAAUUCUCUCAUUAAUAUGUAUGCGAAAUGUGCAAGCAUACAGCUAGCGGAAAAAAUAUUUGAGGAGGCAGCUUGUACAGAUAUUGUGACAUGGAAUACAAUAAUUGGUGCAUUGUCAAAAAGCCAGAAGCCAAGAGAAGCUUUAGAGCAAUUUUUGAAAAUGAAUAAGGAAGGAAUUAUGCCUAGCCAGACUACAUUUGUAAGUAUUAUCAGCUCUUGUGCCAAUUUACAGAUCCCAAUGUAUGGAGAACUUGUUCACGCUAAAAUAAUCAUGCAUGAUCUGGAAACUGAUGUUUUCGUCGGUAGUGCCUUAGUGGACUAUUACGCUAAAUGUGACAAACUGGACGAUGCUAGGUGUUGUUUUGUUAAGAUAAAUGAGAAGAACGUGGUUUCUUGGAAUGCUUUAAUUCUGGGUUGUGCGAAUAAAUGCUCUUCUGCUUCUAUUUCCUUGCUGCUACAAAUGCUUCAAUGUGGCCAUCGGCCUAAUGAAUUUUCAUUUUCAUCCGUUCUUAAAUCAUCAUCCAAAUUAGAGCUACAGCAGCUUCAUUGUCUGAUUAUUAGAAUGGGCUAUGAGGAUAAUGAAUAUGUGUUAGCCUCCCUUAUUUCCUCUUAUGGUAGAAAUGGUCUUAUAUCAGAUGUGCUGGUCUUCAUUGCAGCUUCUGAAACACCACUUUCUGCUGUUCCCUCUAACAAUAUUGCCGGAAUCUAUAACAGAUGUGGCAAGUACCAUGAAACAUUAAAGUUGCUUUCUCAGCUUGAAGAACCAGAUAACGUUUCGUGGAAUAUUGUCAUUGCAGCUUGUGCUCGCAAUGGUAAUUAUAAGGAGGUUUUUGAACUUUUCAAGCACAUGCUUAUGGCUAGAAUCCAUCCAGAUAACUAUACUUAUAUUAGUGUCCUAAAUGUGUGUAGUAAGAUCUGUGAUCUUGCUUUGGGUAGUUCCAUCCAUUGUUUCCUCAUAAAGAACAAUUUCAGUUUUUGUGAUUUAUUUGUCUGCAAUAUAUUGAUAGACAUGUAUGGAAAAUGCGGCUGCCUUGGAAGUUCAGUAAAAAUUUUUAACAGUAUGACAGAUAGAAAUCUCAUCACAUGGACGGCUCUAAUUUCAGCCCUUGGAAUUAAUGGUUGUGCCCCUGAAGCAUUGGAAAGGUUCAAAGAGAUGGAAUAUAUGGGGUUUAGACCUGAUAAGGUUGCUUUUAUUGCAGCACUUACAGCAUGCAGACAUGGUCCUUUAGUGAGAGAAGGGAUAGAGCUGUUUGAGAGAAUGAAUAGUUAUGGGAUUGAACCAGAAAUGGAUCAUUAUCAUUGUAUUGUGGAUUUGUUGGCAAGACAUGGACAUGUUAGGGAAGCAGAGAAAGUAAUUUCCAGCAUGCCUUUCCCACCAGGUCCCCACAUAUGGCGUAGUUUCCUGGAAGGCUGCAAGAGAUAUGGAAUGGUUGAGGAUCAAGUUAUGGGAAUGUAAACAUUAAAGUUGUUGAAUGAAAUUGUUGAUGAGACAGAAGAGGAUCAAAGAACGAGAAAGCAGACAUGCAAAUUGAAUUUGUUCAAUGGCUUAUUGAACAUUUGACUUUUUGUGGAAGUUCAUGUGUCACCUAAGGCAUGCGUCUCAACACAUAAAGAUGCCAGUGCUGAUUUAGCUUACACAGUGCAGAUGAAGGACAAACAGUAUUAGGGAUUUAGCAAAAGGAUUUCUUCUUCUCCUCUUCUGCUUGCAUCCAGAGCAUGUUCCCUUGAGCACAAGAACAGUAAAGCCAAAACUCAUUAUCAACCUUCGAACAAAAAAAACAGUUUGGGUUCCUUCAAAAGAUGGUAAAGGUUUUCUUGGAUCAAGGAAAGAAGAGUCCCUUGUACGUAGAUCCUUUGAGAUAUUGAAGGCAAGGAAAGGAGAGCAUCCCAGUGAGAUUGCCUAGAAGCCUGAAUGAACUGACUUAAAUGUUAUACUGCAUAAGAUAGAUCAAGUCUGGUGAGGUUAAAGUAGAGGAGUUUGCCAACAAUUCUUCGGUAUCGUUCAUGCUUAGGCAAAUAAAGGGCUUGAUGAAUCAUCUAGCUUCAAGUUCUUGCUCAUGGGAUAUACCUUGGGCUUGGCUUCAAGAAAUCCUACAUCAUGAAGAAUGUCUAGGAUGUAUUUACAUUGGCUAAGGAACAAACCAGAGGCUGAUCGUGCAAUUUCGACACCGAGAAAAUAUUUUGCAUAGCCCGGGUCUUUGAUGGUAAACGAGCUAUGAAGGAAUUCUCUGACAACAAUAAUGCAUGAUUCAUCAACACUGGUAAUAAGGACAUCGUCGAUGUAUACUAGUAGUGCCAAGAAAUCAUGCGUUGUACCUUUUGUGAACAAACAGUUAUCAUGCAUAGACUGUUGAAACUCAUAACUCUUUAGUUUGGAUAUUAAUUCCUUAUUCCACUAACGGCGGACUUGCUUCAAUCCAUAUAAUGAGUGUUGUAGUUUACGCACUUGUCCGGGUUGGGCUUUAGUGUAUCAUGGAGGUGAUUGCAUGUAAAGUUCUUCGUUAAUAAAACCAUGUAGGUACUGUUGUUUAUGUCUAGUUGAUGGAUGGCCAUUGUUGAUAGUUCCUUUUCCAUUGUUGCCACCCACUCAAGGUCAUUUUUAGCAUGGUAACAACUGGUAGGUUCAUGGAUUGUAGAUACAGUAGCUAAAAAAUGAAGGUAUGAAGAAUUGAAAGAGGAAUGUGGAGAGAGAGUUUGAAUACCUGGUGGUUGGGGAGUGACCAAUUGAUGAGUGUGCGUGACAGUGGGGGGGAGAAACAAUGCAAUAGCUACAAAAUCAUUCAACCAAGCUAGUUUCUGAAGAGUCCGGGUACUUUGACGAGGAGGUGGAUCUCCUUUUUUAUAAAGUAGAUGGUGUGUCUCCAAAUUGUAAAGUUUAUCUCCCUUUUUAUAAGGUAGAUACCCUAGAAACACGCACUUGUAGGCCCGAGGUGCAAAUUUAUCCUUAUAAGGGGUAACGUUGGUAGCAUUAACACAAGCACCUGAAGCUUCAAAGUUUUGAGUAAUUUAGGACAUGUCCAUUUAAGGAUUCAUAUAGUGUGAUCCAAUUCAGUACCUUCACAGGUAAUUUGUUUAUAAUGUAUGUGGCGACCAAGAACGAUUCUACCAAAAAAUGUUUAGGCAUGUUUGCUUGAAACAUUAGAGAAUGGGCCACUUGUAGCAAGUGAUAAUGUUUGCAUUCGACUACCUCGUUUUGUUGUGGUGAGUGAGCGCACGAUCUUUGAUGGAUUAUGCCAUUUUCAGUGAAUAACUGAGCACAUUGAGUGUUAAAGAAUUCUGUCCCAUUACUGCUGCGGACAACUUUGAUAUUUGUAUGGUAUUGAUUUUUUAUCAUAUUGAUGAAUGUUCUCAAGGUGAUAGGCACUUGAGUUUUGUUAUUGAGGAGGAAUGUUCAUGUGGCCCGACUGUGAUCUUCAACUAUGGUAAGCAUGUAUUUAGCUCCAUUUAUGGAACGAAUAUGAUACAGUCUCCACAGAUCAGUGUGUAUGAGCUUGAAAGGCUGAUCAGAAUGGUUUUUGGAUGAUGGAAAAAUGAGUCUAUGUUGUUUAGCUUUAUGACAUAUGGAGCAUUCAGAUUUUAUGUUUUGUGAUCUAUAUCAGAAAUAUGGCUCAUAGUAAGUUGUGUUGCAUGUCCCAAAUGCCAAUGCCAAGAGAAGUCAUUAGUUGUAUUAAUAGGAGGCAUUUUAUUCUGUUGAUCAAUCAACUUAUUACAGUCCACUUCAUACAAUGCACAUUCAUGGUACAACAUCUCUUUGCAUAGUACUCUAUUACAUUUGAUUGAAAAGAGGAACUAUCAAGCUUGUACCGCCCUCCCGUCAUCCUCCCCAGUACCACUAUUUCCUUAGUCAAUAGGUCUUGCAAAGUGCAAUGAGUUGGGUAAAAAAAAGUAGCAAUGUUAGAUUGUGUUGUGAGUGCACUUACAAAGAGCAGGUUGUGUUUGAAUGUUGGAAUGCAAAGAACGUUUUUCAGAUUUAAUUUCUUGUGUAUGUGCAUACCUCCGUAGUGUGUGACACAUCGUGUAGAGCCGUCGGGUAAUGAUAUAUUGGGGUAUGGAUUUGUGGUCUUUAUUUAUAAGAUCCACUGCAUGUACACGCCAGGAAGAUGAGCUCAUCCUAGAGUUUUUUUGAGUUUCAUAAAAUAAACCAUCAUUGGCAUAGUUCCUUACGUUGAGGAGUUGAUUUUUCGCUUGAUUUGGUAUAACAUCAAUCCGUUGCUCUCCCCAAAACGUUGUUCUAGUUCAACCCAUAGUUCUUUGGCUAUAGUCGCGUAUAGAAAUGCCUCUACGAGAUCUGUAGAUAUAGCAUUCAAUAUCCAAAAAAUUACCAUGGAAUUAGCCCGUAGCCAUUUUUUAAGGCUUUCAUCGCCUGCCUAUGGCUUUUCAGUUUCCCUAGUGAUGAAUCCCAACUUGUCCUUUGUUGUCAGGGCUAUUAUCAUCAAUCUACUCCAAGAUAAGUAGUUCGAUUCACUCACUAAGGUCCUGCUUGGAUUAUUUGAGUUCUGCAGAUUCAUCUCGUCAUCCAUCGUCCGAUCUUCGGUUUCUUUGCUCCUGCUGGUACUUUCGGUAUCCAUAUCUUUGUUUCAAAGAAAAGAAGAAAAUAUGGUUCUUGAAUUAUUCUGAAAACACAGCACAUAAGUUGCUCUGAUACCGUGCAAAAAUAAAUAAGAGAGAAAUGCAGGUGUGCUUAUCCCUUAUGGUGAAGUUUGUUUAUAUACACAGCUAAGUACUAUUGCCAGCUAUGCAAUGCCUAAGAACUUUUUCUGCCUAUUUUUAACUUGCAGUAUAUUUUAUAAGAUUCUACUGAGUUCUACAUUUGAGUACCAAAGUUAUUUGUUAGUUCUCUGUUAGAAUCCUUCCCUGCUCUUGAAAUAAACUUGUAUUUUACAUUAGAUAGGUAAUCCAAUUAGAAAAUAGGUUUUGGUUGCCUUAAUGAUAAUGAUGAUUCUUGUGUUGAGGUCCGAGGCAAGAGAGCUUAACAGCGGCGCCUUUUAUGUGAGAUGGGAUACUCUGAAACAAAACUGGAGAAUCAAUGGAGGAUUGCCGAGCUAUAUUCAAAUCUUCAAAGAGGAUAAUCCUCAGCAUCACUUUCAUUCUCUAGGAAAGCCUUGAUGUCUCAAUAUCACUGUUACAUAUAUAUUAUGUAACCGAAAAGUUUCACUGAUAAUAUGCACAUUUUUAUAGUUUUAAUAUUUUAAAACACUUAAAUAUUGAA